UUCCCUUAAAAUUUUCUUGUUCCCGGGUUUUCUUCCCCCUCACUCCCCCAAUUCAAAACUUCAAACACUCCAUUCAAAUUUCUUUGUUUCCCAAAACCUGCAACGCUCCAAUCUCUCUCUCUCUCUCUCUCUCUCUCUCUCUCUCUCUCUCUCUCUCUCCGUCUCUCUCUCACACACACACUCACUCACUCAGAGCACACAAAUGGGGAGCAAAUUUCACGAAUUACCGCCUCUCAAGAGGUACAGGCUCAUGCAACAAGAUCUGGAGCAAAAACACCAAAACCGCGGCUCGGCUUCGUUAUCUUGUCUUCCAGCAAAAAAAAGAAAACAAUCGCGGGACCCACCGCCACCACUCCCCGCUGCCGCUGCCGCCUUCUGUUUGCCGGCCAAGAAAAGGGUAUGGGCUCCCCAUCCCGACUUCGUCCCAGACGAACCGAUUUCUCCCUUCGACCUCAACGUCGAGUACAAACCCCCAUUCGAUGAAGAAGAAGAAAAUGCACAAGAAGCGGCUAGCGUUCCUAUUGCAAACAAUAUCGAUGAAAUCGAAGAACUUGAAGAACAGAAUGCUUCAAUUGCGAAGGAUAUCAAUGAAACGGGAGAAAACGAAGAAGGAGAUGCUGAUGAAGAAGAAGUCAAUGCACAAGAAACAGAGAACGGUCCUGUUUCAAACAAUAUCGACGAAAUUGAAGAACACGAAAAAGAAGAAAAUAAUGUUUCAAUCGCGGAGAGAAUUAACGAAGCGGAAGAAAACGGAGAAGGAGAGGGCGAUGCCGAUGAUGGGAUCGAAUGCGCCGUGUGCCAGAGCACAGACGGUGACCCCUCAGACCCAAUUGUGUUCUGUGAUGGGUGUGACCUCAUGGUCCACUCAACUUGCUAUGGAUCUCCCCUUGUAGAGGGUAUUCCAGAAGGUGAUUGGUUUUGUGCCCAAUGCUUAGUUUCUCAAUCAGCCCAAACUGGAAAUGGGAAUGUUGGUUCCUUUUCUUGCUGCCUCUGCCCAGUCGCUGGUGGGGCCAUGAAACCCACCAACGAUGGGCGGUGGGCCCACAUUGUGUGCGCGGUGUACGUGCCCGAGGUGUUCUUUAUGGAUCCGGAAGGCCGAGAAGGGAUCGAUUUAUCCAGGGUUCCUGACAAGAGGUGGGGGCAGAGUUGUUAUGUGUGUGAGAGUGGAAGGGGUUGCGCCAUCGAUUGUUCUGAGCCGAAGUGCCCGUUGGCGUUCCAUGUGGGGUGUGGGUUGAAGGAAGAGCUCUGUAUUGAGUACAGAGAAGGGAGGAACAAGGGGGCUGUUGUUGCUGGGUUUUGCAAGAAACACACUGAGCUGUGGAAGAAGCAACAAGAAACAGGAAAGUUCAGGAUUGUGGCUAGGUGAUGAGUACAAGAAAUAGCAAGAUCUUGGACUCUCAGUAGUUUUUUUUUUUUCCUUUUCUUAUCUUCCUGUCAUUAAUUAUAUCGACGAGCCUGUUAGAGUUGGUGUAGGAUUCGAUUUGUCAAGGUUAUAAACCAAGAGAUGGGCCUGUCAGUAGAAUCUUUGAUAAUGGGGUUUGCCAAUUUCGAUGCUUGAUGUUUGUGUUUUAUGCGUAUAUGUGAUUUUGUUGUGUUUUUAUUUUAGCGAAUUAUGGUGAUUUAGCAUGUGUUAAAAUCAGUUUAUUCCAAUGCCGGCUAAUGUUUCCUACU